AUGGCCCGAACAGUCCGUGCGCCGGACCUGAAGGCUGUCCUGAAUCUCCAGUUCCAGUCCAAGAAGCGCCUGGAGGGCAGAGUCAGGUGGUUCGACAAGGACAAAGGCUUUGGAAAGAUCUUGCCCUUGGAUGCUCGACAGGGCCAAGAUUCGGAGGAGAUCUUCGUGCACAAAAACCAAAUCGAAGACGGCCCAGACGGAGACAACUAUGCCGCGCUGGCACCUGGUGCACUUGUCUCCUAUGAGCUGACGACGCAGGAUGACGGGAAGCCGUGCGCCGGCAAUGUGCGCGUCCAAGGCUUUGCCAAGAUUGUUCGGGAUGGCAUGACCAUCGCAGCAGGAGCUGCUCUUUCAGCCAGAGAAGCCAAACUGCGGCAGCUCUUGCUUCAGGGCCUGAAGACAGGCAUCUUCCAAGAGAAGGGCCAGAAGAAGGCCUUGAUGGAGGAUGGCUUCCUGGAAGGCGCCGGGCUGUUACAAGAACCUUGGACCCAUGAAGGGCGCGCUUGGCCCAUGACCCGACGCUACGAGUCAAUUGCUGGGACAAAUACUUGGGUGGUGAAAUGGAACCACAACAUUUCGCAGCUUGCGAAAACUGUGCAUUGGCAGAAAGCUCUCUCCUUGCUGCCUGCCAUGCACCUCCACCGCUUGCAUCCGGACAACGUCACCCAGAAUGUGGCAAUCCGUGUCUGUGCCAGUGCCAGCAAGUGGCAGAUCGCCAUGUGGUUGCUGAAUUGCUGGCCAGAUGCUGCUGACCUCAUCGGCCACAGCUCAGCAAUCACAGCGUGUAGUCGAGGACGGCAGUUGCAGCGGGCACUUGAUGUGUUGGAAUCAUCGCAGAAGCUUAGCUUGGGUUCCGAUGAAGUCCUGGCCGGCUCCCUCAUCACGGCUUCAGAGAAGAUGGCUCGAUGGGAUCUUGCACUAAACGUGCUGUGCUGCCUCAACCGCUCUGCAAACCUGGUAUGUCAUAAUGCAGCUCUCUCAGCAUGCGAAAAGGCAUCCCAUUGGACAUGGAGCCUUGAAAUAUUGAAGCUACUCAAAGGCAGGUCUCUUCGUCCAGAUGCUACGUCGUUCGCAGCCCUUGCAGAAGGCUGCCGGCGCAAGUCUAGGUGGCAGGUUGGUUUGGAAGUGUUCGGUUGCAUGCGCCGGCAUCGGGUCUUACCAGGCGGACGCGCGCUCUCAAUCCAAGCGGACAUGGCCUGCGCAGCGCAAGAUGCGCGAGCUUACCUGAGCCUUUGCUCUGGCUUAGUCGCCAUGGGGCUGUCAGAUUGGACUAGGAUCAGUAAAGGUCCUCUCCAAGAUCCAGACGAAGGGGCCCCGAAACGCUUGGCUGACCUGGCAGGUCGCUUGCGGGCAAUGGGUGUGUUGCACUCAGACCACAACCGCCAGUUCCUCCGCAACGUGGUGCAACCGGUGCUGACAGAAAUGAUGGCGCUUUUCGAAUGCAACAAGCCCUUCUCCCAGCCGCGACCAGGGGUAAAUAUGAACGGCUACCCAAGCAUGAUGAGCUUGGUUGUUAGUGGCCUCGGCGCCAUGGAGAGGGAAGUCUUUUCCCAAGUCAAGAUGAUCUUGAAACAAGGCAGGGGACAGCACAGACAGCUGCAGUGCAAGGGUGGCAGUGUGGAGGCCAAUCCCAGUUUGCUCCAUGAGGUGCUUGGCAGCACUGCAAAGUCUGCAGCCCGCGCCUUGCGAAUUUGGGCCAUGGUGCUGUAUGCAGUCAUGGAUGGCCAUGCUGGCAUUUCUUGCAGCAACUUUGUAGCUCUGAACUUGGAGCGCAACAUUCUCGACUCUCUGCGCGAUCAGCUGCCGCCUCAGGACGCAAAUGCGGAGCAGAUCCUCAAGUCAGCGCUGCUGGCGGGCUUCAAGGUCACCGAGCAUACCUUUCACCAGUAUGCCAACAAGCUGGAGGGUGGAGCAGGCCGUGCCUGGGCAGCGUCUGGAAGCACCUGCUGCGCCGCCUGCCUUGCGGGCCCUGACGAGGAGGGACGCCUCCGGCUUUUGAUUGCGAACGUGGGUGACAGCAGGGCCAUUCUGGGCAAGAAGGAUGGCUUUGCUGUGAGACUCUCAGUGGACCACCGCCCAGACAACACUGCUGAGAAAAGGCGAGUUGAACAGCAAGGAGGCACUGUAGCACCAUUCGGUGGUGCCCACCGGGUGAUUCUGAAAUCCCGCGGCCAAGUUGCGGCUGGCCUGUCUGUCACUCGAUCUUUCGGGGACGUUGAUUUCAAAGUCCCAGUCGAAGUCAUCACAGCAGUGCCAGAGUUAUCAGCCUUCGCUAUUGACCCUGAUGAGGAUGUCAUGCUCAUCCUUGUCACCGAUGGAAUCACCGGAAGGGUCUCAGACACAGAGGCAGUUCGCCUGGCGUCUGGGCCGCUCCGCGAGGGCGGCAGCGACGCACCAGAGCGGGCUGCACGAGCUUUGGUGGAAGCAGCUCAUACUCGAGAACCGUCUGAUGACAAGACGGCCAUGGUGAUAUGGUUCGGAGGAUCCCCGGACGAGAAGGUGGGCAGCGCGCAGGGAGGCAUUGACGUGGAGGAUCUCUUCGGUGGGGAGGAGGUAGCCAAGCCCGAGCCGGAGCAGGGAGGAACGGCUCCAUCUCGAUCUGCCACUGGAGAGGAUGACAUGUUUGCAGAUGGCGCAGACCCCGUGGAAAUGGCGCUCCUCGACGACAUCUUCGGUGCCUAUGCAAAGGAUAUGGGCGUGGACAUGGGCGGUGCUCCUGAAAGCGGUCCCGCGGCGAAGCGGAAGUCCGUAGAGGAGGCAAAGGACCUGAAGCGCAAAGGCCUCAGCAACAAGGUGGCCAAGAAGGUCUUCUGA